CUCGAACUUCCACACUAAAGUGCUUCAAGGUUUGUUGACCGAGGCAGACGAUGGAAGUAUGACUCAAGGCUCCUCAUCAUAUGCUUUGAGGUCAUAGUGUUCCUCCGUCUAUAAACCAGACUUCGAUACCUGGCCACCGCGCUCGACGAGCUCCAGCUCUUCGACCCUCACACCUCUCCAUUCUACCCGGUAGAAAACACCGAGGUCCCAAUCCUAUCUCUCCAGGCAAUUCUGGCAUCAUGUCGCCCUCUGCGGCUGUCAGAAGUCUCAGUCUGAGACAAGCAAAGAAUCUCCUCUGCGCUCGCUCAGUACGCCCAUUCUCCUCCUCAUAUCCUUGCCGAGAUGAUUCGACUUCCGAGACCCGAAAUUUCAACAAGGUGUCUUCAAAGAUCACCCAAUUCAAAUCCCAGGGUGCUUCACAAGCCAUGUUAUACGGAACUGGAUUGACCGAGGAAGAUAUGAACAAAGCCCAAGUGGGCAUUUCUUCGGUGUGGUGGUCGGGCAACCCUUGCAAUAUGCAUCUCCUCGACCUUUCGAACAUUGUCAAAAAGGGCGUUGCCGAUUCCGGUCUGGCUCCUAUGCAGUUCAACACAAUUGGCGUUUCGGACGGUAUCUCGAUGGGAACUACUGGCAUGCGCUACAGUCUGCAGUCGCGAGAGAUCAUUGCCGAUUCGAUUGAGACCGUCAUGCAGGGUCAAUGGUACGAUGCCAACAUUUCUAUUCCCGGUUGCGAUAAGAACAUGCCUGGUGUCAUUAUGGGCAUGGGUCGUGUCAACCGACCGUCGCUCAUGGUUUAUGGAGGUUCAAUAGCCCCCGGUUGUGCGGUCACCCAGAACAAUGCCGACAUUGAUAUUGUGUCGGCCUUCCAGGCGUAUGGACAGUUCAUCACUGGCGAGAUUAAUGAACAGCAGCGAUUUGAUAUUAUCCGUCACGCUUGCCCUGGUAGCGGUGCAUGUGGGGGCAUGUACACUGCCAACACCAUGGCCUCUGCCAUUGAGACCUUGGGCAUGACUCUUCCCGGCUCAUCUUCCAACCCUGCAGUGUCGAGAGCGAAACAACUCGAGUGUCUUGCCGCCGGUGGUGCGAUCAGAAACCUUCUCAAGCUUGACCUACGACCACGCGAUAUCAUGACUCGACAAGCUUUCGAGGACGCCAUGGUAGUGGUCAUGAUCACAGGAGGUUCUACCAAUGCUGUGUUGCAUCUUAUUGCCAUGGCUGAUGCUGUAGGCAUCAAGUUGACCAUCGACGAUUUCCAAGCAGUGUCAGAUCGAACUCCUUUUCUGUCUGACCUGAAGCCUUCUGGCAAAUACGUGUUCAACGACUUGCAUGAUAUUGGUGGCAUCCCCACACUACUGAAGUUCUUGAUUAAGGAAGGUGUCGUCAAAGGUGAACACCGAACUGUGACUGGAGAAACGCUGAAGAAGAACGUCGAGAACGUGCCCGAUUUCCCGUCCGACCAGACCAUCAUCAAACCAUUCUCACAACCGAUCAAGGAGACAGGCCAUAUUCAAAUCCUGCGCGGAUCACUCGCUCCAGGUGGUUCUGUGGGCAAAAUCACCGGCAAAGAGGGUUUGAAAUUCACAGGCAAAGCAAAGGUGUAUGAUGCCGAGGACGACUUCAUCACUGCAUUGGAAAACGGUGAAAUCAAGAAGGGCGAGAAGACAGUAGUGGUGAUCAGAUACGAAGGCCCCAAGGGAGGACCAGGCAUGCCGGAAAUGUUGAAACCUAGCUCAGCGAUCAUGGGAGCUGGACUUGGCAAGGACGUUGCUCUGAUUACAGAUGGUCGGUUCAGUGGCGGUUCUCACGGAUUCCUGAUCGGCCAUAUUGUUCCUGAAGCGAUGGAAGGAGGACCGAUUGGAUUGGUGCGUGAUGGGGAUGAAAUCGUCAUUGACGCUGAGAACCGAGUUCUGGACCUCAACGUCGACGAAUCAACCCUUGUGCAGAGAAGGGAGGAAUGGGCUCGAAACAAACCACAGCCCAGAGUAUUGAGAGGAACUCUUGCCAAGUACGCCAAACUUGUCGCCGACGCCAGUCAUGGUUGUAUCACAGAUCAAGAGGAGGCAGUCAAGGUACAUUCAUAAACAAGCGAUCUGAACGUCUAGCUGUUUCGUCGGAUGUUUCCUUUGGGUGGAAAUCAGAGUCCAAAAAUACAAUGGCGCAGACAUGGAGAAAAAAGUGAAAUGUACCAGUCUAUGGAGGAGUAGCUUUUUGGUGGUGUAGACCAGGAUUUUCAGGUCUAUCAAGUCAUGUUUGAAUCUGUACAGUACCUAGCUCUGCCUAGGUAGGUAGGUAGCAUUGGCUAGAGUUGACUACUUGGCUGUGAAUGCGUGGUGGCAGUGAUGAGGCUUAUUUGAACAACAAGUAAUGAUCAUAUAUUUCCCGUUGGUAGUGACUAAUAGUGUUUGUUCG